AUGAUCCUGUCUUCGGCAAUUGCAGAACAGAAGAAACAAAAAUUCUCUGAAAUAAGAGGCGGAUUGGAGGAUGCUGAAGCACUGAUUCGUAAAAUGGACCUUGAGGCUAGGAGUUUGCCUCCAAGUGUGAAGGCUGCCCUUCUUGCCAAGUUGAGAGAAUAUAAAACUGAUCUCAACAAUUUGAAAACUGAAGUGAAGAGAAUCACAUCUUCUAAUGCCAAUCAAGCUGCAAGGGAUGAUUUGUUGGAAUUGGGAACUACACACAUGUUUCGAAACCGAAUGCUGAACCUGAAGCCUCUGCCAGUCUGCCUGAUUCUGCUGACGCCGGACUGGUUGAAGGAGAAGACUUCGAGCUUCGGCCGCUCCCGUUCGCUACUUCGCCGGACGGAGGAGGAGGAGAGCUGA